UAUUUGUUAUACAAUGUUGUGGUUGUUAGUGGGUUUAUUAACAAUAGUACUACUGUUGUACUUUUACGGGACUCGGACUUUCGGGUACUGGGCGAAGCGCGGGGUCAAGCACGAUGCACCCGUACCGUUCUUUGGCACCGCGAAACGGCAGUUCCUCCAGCAGAUAACCUUUGCCGACAUUUACCAUGAGAUGUACCAGAAGUAUCCCAAUGAAAGAUUCGUCGGAUACUACCUCAUGACUAAUCCGUUGUUGAUUUUAAGGGAUCCCGAAUUGGUUAAACAUGUUUUAGUGGCAGACUUCAACCAUUUCUAUUCAAGAAACUUGCAUCCGAUCGACGAUAACCCUGAACUGUUGUUGAACAAUCUGUUUUCCUGUGAAGGCGAUCUCUGGAAGUUGUUGAGGCAGAGGAUGACUCCCGCCUUCACGACUGGGAAGUUGAAAGCGAUGUUUCCCCUGAUCGUGACGAGGGCCGAGAAGCUGCAGCGCGUGGCGGCCGAGGCGGCGGCGAGCGGCGCCGAGGUCGACGUGCGGGACCUCAUGGCGCGCUACACCACCGACUUCAUCGGCGCCUGCGGCUUCGGCAUCGACACUGACUCACUCAACGAUAAGAACUCCAUGUUCAGAAAGCUGGGUAUACGCAUAUUUAUCCAGGACACGAGAGAUGUGGUAGUAGCCAUCUUGAAAUAUGCUAUGCCUAGUUUGAUGAGAAGUUUCGCCUUCCUACCACCUUCUGUUGAGAAACUUUCAUCACAGUUAGUUAAAAGUAUAAUGAAGGAGCGGAAUUAUAAAAAUUCGGGCAGAAACGAUUUCAUUGAUUUACUUUUGGAUUUGAAAGAUAAGGGAAAGAUGGUGGGCGAGUCUCUGGUGCACAAGAAAGCUGAUGGUACGCCUUGUGUGGCUGAGAGGGAGAUGGACGACGACUUGAUGGUGGCCCAAGUGUUCGUGUUCUUCGCCGCCGGGUUCGAGACGUCCUCCUCGGCGACCAGCUACACGCUGCACGAGCUGGCGCACCAUCCCGAGUACCAGAGGAGGUGUCAGGAGGAAAUUGACGCGGUGCUCGCGCGUUACGAUAACAAACUAUGUUAUGAAGCUAUUAAGGAGUUGAAGUAUUUGGACAUGUGUUUCAGUGAAGCCAUGAGAAUAUUUCCCUCCCUCGGCUUUUUGCAACGCAAGUGCGUGAGAGCCUACACUAUCCCGGGCACGGACGUGACCAUCGACCCCGGGGUCAACAUCAUCGUCCCGGUCAAGUCGCUGCACCUGGACCCGCAGUACUUCCAGGACCCGGAGGAGUUCCGUCCGGAACGGUUCCACCCGGACAAUAUCGCAAGCAUAGACAAGUAUAUAUAUCUACCCUUCGGGACAGGACCGAGAGCUUGUAUAGGUGAGCGUCUAGGCUACAUGCAGUCCCUAGCUGGGUUGGCCGCGGUUCUGAGCCAGUUCUCCGUGGCUCCCUGCAAGAGCACACUCCGCAAACCGAUUGUUGACCCCAAGGUUAUGUCUGUACAGAGUGUUAAGGGAGGCCUGCCGCUCGCCCUCACCCCUAGGAAGAAGACACAAUGA